UUGUAAAGCGUUAUGAAAGCAACAGAACAUCCACAGCUGACCUGCGCGUCUCCAUGAAUGAAGGAUCUCCCGCAGAGCUGCUGACCCACUGCCUUUCAAUGGGAUCCUGCUGAGCGAUUCCCAUUUAUGUAGUUUAUAUUUCUGAGAUCAUCAUGCAGUGGGAGGCUCAUAUUCGGCUCUGUCAGACUUGUUUUUGGUACUGUAGAAGUUCUCAGCGGCUGUUUUCUCUCUCUGCUGCACACAGGUCACAAACCAAUUACUAUGAACUUCUCGGGGUGAAACCGGAUGCUACGCUGGAACAAAUUAAGUUUGCAUUUUUCGACAAGUCUAAAAAGUUGCACCCAGACAGUGACCCAUCCAAUCCUGGUCUGCACACACAGUUUGUGCAGCUGAAUGAAGCGUACAGGGUGCUGAGCAAAGAAGGGUCCAGACAGGAUUAUGACCUCAGGCUGAGGUACCAGUAUGCUGGAGGUCAGGCCUUCAGAACCUCCUCCAGCUCCUCCAACAAUCCCAGCUGGGAGGCUAAUGAGAGCAUGCGUUACUGGGAGCAGUUCAGACAGGCCCAGCCUCAGGAGAACACCCCAGAGGAAAGGGAAAAGAAAAAGAAAAGAAACAUGCGAUUGGUGGGCUACUGCUUUCUCGCCAUGAUCCUCAGCGUCUCUGCACAUUACUUUGGCUUCAGGAAACUGGAAGAGGUCCAUAAUAAUUUCAUGGAUGAGAAGGACAGAGUCAUCACCAAGAUCUACAAUGAAUCGAAAGAAAGAGCCAGAGCGAACGGCAUUAAGAAGCAGCAGGAGAUCUUAAGACAGAAGCACGCUGAGUUCUUGGAGAGAUUCAAGAUCAACGAAAACGGAGAUGAGAAGUGAAGCAAGGAAAAGGCCUAGCUAACGAAACUCAUCACACGGGGUUAUGGACAGAGUGCAGGUUGUGGAUGAAUGUGGAAGAAUUUAUUUUGUUAAUAGUUUUUAUCAAAUUUUCUAGGGUUACUACAUGUGAGAUCUUCAAAUAAGGUCCUUGAAUGCUCACUGGGUGUUUAAAACUGUUGCGAUGAUUUUUGCUUUGACCCAGGCCUGUUUUUUAACCCAUAGACGUCAGAUUAAGGUCACAGAGCGUGCAAGGCAAGUCAGGCUGAUUAUAGGCCAGCAUGGCUCCUCAUAAGGUGUUAAAAACACCUGUACACAACAUUGCCUGCAUUUACAGGCGACAUUGUAGCUGCACCUGGAAAGAGUGUUAUGGAAACAUUGCAUUCCUGAUAAAGUAGUUCAUCAAAACACUGACAACACUGUACAUUGUGCACUUUGUUAAGCUUGGUGUGUGUGUGUGUGUGAGAGAGAGAGAGAGAGUUUCUCAUAGGAGAAUGUUCUUCAGAUGGACAGAUCAGGGCUGUCCAGUGUGAGUUUUAUUUCAGGUGCUGGGUAUUUUCCAGCUAAAUUGAAUGCAACAUCAAAUAAUCUUAUCUUAAACAGGAAGUGAAUGGCGGUUUGGCAAGUAAUGAGUCGUUUCUUUCACCCGUGUAAUAGAUCUAGGCUUCAUAACAAAUGCACUUCCUACAAGUUAUUAUACAAUAACUGUAGAGCAAGAUUAUAUUCUUGGCAAACUCUUGACAGACCUCUGCUGCCAUAAGGCAGAGCUCCUAAAAGGAAUUCUUUUUAGAUAUACAGUUGAAGUCAAACUUAUUAGCCCUCCUAUGAGUUUUGUUUUCUUUUUUAAAUAGUUCCUAAAUGAUGUUUUACCAAGCAAAGUAUUUUACACAGUAUUUCCUAUAAUAAUUUUUCUUCUGGAAAAAGUCUUAUUUGUAUUAUUUCAGCUAGAAUAAAAAAAAGUUUUCAUUUUUUAAACCCCUUUUAAGGUCUAUAUUAUUAACUCCCUUGAGCAUUUUUUCCCUGAUUGUCUACAGCGAUAUACAAUGAUUUGCCUAAUUAGCCUAACUUGCCUAAUUAACCCAGUUAAGCUUUUAAAAAGCACUUUAAGCUGAAAACUAUGAUCUUGAAAAAUAUCGAAUAAAAUAUUAUUUACUGUCAUCGUGGCGAAGAUAGAAGAAAACAGUUGUUAGCAAUGAGUUAUUAAAACUAUUAUGUUUCAAAAUAUGUUGAAUAAAUCUUUCCAUUAGACAGAAAUUGGGGAAAAAAUUAAAAGUGGGCCUAAUAAUUCAGGAGGGCUAAUAAUUCCAAAUUCACCUGUAUAAGUCAUUGCCUUAUUUGAAGAAUAGAAUAGAAUUUUAAGAUUUAACAUUUAAUGUAAUAGACAGUCACUUAAAAUUACCAGAGCGCCUUCAUCUUUAUAAGUCAAAUAUUGAUUUUCUGUGGAAUCAGUCUAAUGCAAGGCAUUGGUUUUUGCUAUGAUGAAUAAUUAAAGAUGAUUAUCUCA